UCCCGUUUGCCUUUAGAAACCAUCUAUCAGCUUUCAAACAUGGCCUCGUUCCGAAGAUUCAUAACAACCGCAUCUGCGGGCAAAAAUAUGGCUAACGUUUUCUUUGACGUCGCCAUCGACGCGAAACCCUCAGGCAGGAUCAUAUUCAAGAUGUUUGACGACGUCGUACCGCAAACGACUCGUAAUUUCCGGGAGUUGGCGACAGGCCAGCAUGGGUUUGGGUUUGCGGGCAGUCGAUUCCACCGGGUUAUCCCUGGGUUUAUGCUCCAGGGAGGUGACUUUACGCGUGGUGAUGGGACUGGCGGCAAGUCGAUAUACGGAGAGCGGUUCAAAGACGAAAACUUCCAACUGAAACACACUAAGCCCGGUCUUCUGUCGAUGGCCAACGCAGGGCCGAACACUAAUGGAUCCCAGUUCUUCAUCACAACCGUUGAAACGAAAUGGCUUGACGGGAGGCACGUUGUGUUCGGUGAAGUGGUGGAAGGGAUGGACAUCGUCAAGGCGAUUGAGAAGACCGGCUCGUCCAGCGGGGCGACGAAAAAUGCCGUCACUAUCACGAGCUCCGGAGUCGUCGAGUGAAUCGGGCGAGUGGAAGACAAGGAUAAUCAGUGGGCUAUCUACUUUCAACCCUGCUUUUUCCAGGUGUUCCCCACGUCUGUCAUCUUUCGUAAAUCUUCGUGAGGGAUAU